AUGCAAGAUUUACCACCUAUCGGAGGCUAUGAGCCUAUUCAAUGGAAAAGAAACCUUCCAUCCAGAGGUUUCAGACCUCUUAUCUAUUUUUGGGGAAUCACUGGUCUCAUUGGCUUUGGAUACUACAGAUACUAUCAAGGUGUAUCUGAGCAAAGAGAAUUGUCUAGAGAGAAGCAAUGGGCUCGUAUCUAUUUGGAGCCAUUGUUGACUGCGGAAGAAGACCGUAAUAUUGCUAGACGGUUCUUCUCAGAAAAGAAGAGACAAGAAAUGGUGGCUGAAUCAAUGUCACCAGAAACCAGAGCCAAGUUCGAGGAGGAAAUUUACAACGACAAGUCCAAGUUCCGUUUCGGAAAGUACAGUGCUGGUCUUGCACCAUCUGAUCGUUAG